GCCGUGAAUCUGCCCAUUUGGUCGGACGAUAAGGACUCGAUUUUAUUUAUUCGUUAAAUAAUCAUUUUAUGCAAAAAUAGGCUUAUAGUACAAAGGCUAUAUAUAAUAUAAGCUGCAGGAAUACUCUGCUUUGUACAAAUUUCAGUAUGAAAAAAAAAGAAAAAAAAUCGUGCACCUAACUGUAUGUCUGCGAAUAUUCAAUUCAACAUCCCCGUGAAUUAUUGAAAUAAAAUAAAAUAAUAAAAACCGGAGAAUUUAGUUAUGAUGAUCGAGUAGUGGUGACCGGACAUGUUCGGUCUGCUUAUAAGGUUCUCUGGGACAUCGGAGGCGUUCCGUCGCUGACUUUGACUCAUCUUCUUCGUCCCUUCCCCCUUUUUUUUUACCGUUCACCGGGAAAUCAUCGUCGGCAAAUCGUCUCUUCCGGAGAAGGAUGUCUACCGACCGCCUCAGGCAUGUCGAGUCCAUGUCGGAGAUCCCAUCCGGUGCCGGCAAGAUCUCUCAUUUGAACGCUGUUGUUUUGGGCGAAUCUCUUGCCUCUGAGGAGAAUGAUCUCAUCUUCCCUAGCGAGGAUUUUUCCCGCCAAGCUCUCGUUCCCUCUCCCCAAAAGUACUCGGAGAUGUAUAGAAGGUCGGUCGAAGAUCCGGCUGGGUUCUGGUCUGACGUUGCGUCUGAGUUUUACUGGAAGCAGAAAUGGGGUGAUCGAGUUUUGUCUGAAAAUCUGGAUGUCAGGAAAGGCCCUAUCCAUAUCGAGUGGUUCAAGGGAGGAAUCACCAACAUUUGCUACAAUUGCUUGGACAGAAACGUUGAAGCAGGUCUUGGUGAUAAAACCGCCAUUUACUGGGAAAGCAAUGAACCCGGUUUCGGCACCUCCUUAACUUAUUCCGAGCUACUUCACAGAGUUUGCCAGCUUGCUAAUUACUUGAAAGAUAUCGGAGUGAAGAAGGGGGAUGCAGUUGUGGUUUACUUGCCGAUGUUGAUGGAACUUCCAAUUACUAUGCUUGCGUGUGCACGGAUCGGAGCUGUUCAUUCGGUUGUUUUUGCUGGAUUUUCUGCUGAUUCUCUUGCCCAAAGAAUCUUGGACUGUAAGCCCAAAGCAAUAUUGACGUGCAAUGCUGUUAAAAGAGGUCCUAAGAUCAUACGUCUUAAAGAUAUUGUUGAUGCUGCCCUUGACCAGUCCUCCAAGAAUGGAGUUUCUGUAGAUGUAUGUUUGACCUAUGACAACUCAUCAGCCUUGACAAGGGAAAACACUGAAUGGCAGAAAGGAAGAGAUGUGUGGUGGCAGGAUGUUGUCCCCAACUAUGCAACAGCCUGUGAGGUGGAAUGGGUCGAUGCGGAAGAUCCCCUGUUUUUGCUCUACACCAGUGGAAGCACUGGGAAGCCGAAGGGUGUCCUUCACACGACUGGAGGAUAUAUGGUCUACACUGCUACAACGUUCAAAUAUGCCUUUGACUACAAAUCAUCAGAUGUCUACUGGUGUACAGCUGAUUGCGGUUGGAUAACUGGCCACAGCUAUGUUACUUAUGGCCCAAUGCUAAAUGGAGCCACUGUCGUUGUCUUUGAAGGGGCGCCAAACUAUCCCGAUUCUGGACGUUCUUGGGAAAUUGUUGACAAAUACAAAGUUUCCAUAUUUUACACUGCCCCAACAUUGGUGCGGUCUCUCAUGCGUGAUGGAGAUGAGUAUGUAAAACGUCAUUCUCGUAAAUCACUGAGGAUCCUUGGAAGCGUGGGCGAGCCUAUCAAUCCCAGUGCUUGGAGAUGGUACUUCAAUGUAGUCGGUGAUUCAAGGUGUCCCAUUUCAGAUACCUGGUGGCAAACUGAAACUGGUGGCUUCAUGAUAACUCCAUUGCCAGGUGCUUGGCCACAGAAGCCUGGUUCUGCAACUUUUCCUUUCUUUGGAGUGCAGCCUGUGAUAGUUGAUGAAAAAGGCAAUGAAAUUGAGGGUGAGUGCAGCGGUUAUCUAUGUGUGAAAAGUUCAUGGCCUGGGGCAUUUCGAACUCUGUAUGGCGACCAUGAAAGAUAUGAGACUACGUACUUCAAACCUUUUGCUGGAUAUUAUUUCAGUGGUGACGGAUGCAGCAGAGACAAGGAUGGAUACUAUUGGCUUACAGGAAGGGUUGACGAUGUUAUCAAUGUCAGUGGUCACCGGAUAGGUACUGCGGAAGUGGAGUCUGCUCUGGUGUCACAUCCCAAAUGCGCAGAAGCCGCUGUUGUUGGUAUCGAACAUGAGGUGAAAGGUCAAGGCAUCUACGCGUUUGUCACUCUCGUGGAGAGUGCUCAAUACAGUGAAGAACUCCGGAAAAGCCUCGUACUUGCUGUCCGAAAUCAGAUCGGGGCAUUUGCCGCACCAGACAAAAUACAUUGGGCACCGGGUCUUCCCAAGACGAGAAGUGGAAAGAUAAUGCGUAGAAUCCUGAGGAAAAUAGCAUCGAGGCAAUUAGACGAGCUCGGAGACACUAGCACACUCGCAGAUCCCGGUGUAGUCGAUCAACUUAUUGCUCUUGCUGAUGUUUGAAUGAUUUUUUUUUUUUCUGGCAUUCCCAUUCAACCCACAAAAACCAUAUUGCAUUGUUAACACGACACGAUUGUGUUUGUGCUCUGUCUCGACUUAGGUAAAUUAUUCGUUGUGCUGUCGGAUACUAAUAAGCCUGAAACCAACAGGGUUUCAAUUUGGACA